AGAGAGAGAGAGAGAGGGAGGGGGGGGGACCCGGAAGUGGGAAAAUCUGAAACUACAACAGCUUGGGAAAGACCAGUUAAAGCAACAAUGACAGAAACGUCACUUUAAAAAGGCACCGUGAUGUUAAAGGGUCCGAAGAUCACAACUUUUCAUCAGAAAACCGAAUGCCGCUGAAGUUAUGAACACUCCAGAGUUAGCGGCACAGCUGGAGGAGUGUCUCCACCUGGCAAGGAGAGACAUCACUGCCGCGGAUAAGGAGAUGUUCAAGAAUGCCAGAGGCACACUGUCAGCUGAACUGAACACAAUCCUGCAGGAGGCGGUGGACAUGAAGUGGCCUUUUGUUGAGGAGAAAUGGCAGUACAAGCGUUCGGUGGCAUCAGAAGACAAAGUGAACACUACAGAGCUCAUUGGCAGACAUUUACCUCAGCUCAUGGCUUUCCUCAGAGCGUCCAUUUUAGCUGCGGAGCCAGCAUGGGCGAUGUCCACCGUCUUUCUGCUGGAUCGCUUUCUCUACUGGAUAGACGGCUCUCAUACACUGCUGAAGAUCGCUAAAGCACUACACAUGCGCUACCCAGAAACCCCAGUCGCCCCACAGAUCAUUAUUCGGCAGGCCAGAGUCUACCUCAAUACCGGUAAACUACAGAAAGCAGAGUACAUACUGAGCAGCUUGAUAAAUAACAAUGGAGCAACUGGAUGUUGGAAAUAUCAGCGGGACUGUGAUCGGGUUCUCGUGCAGUCAGUCAGUGUGCAAGUUCGGGGACAGGUGUUACAAAAGCUAGGUCUGUGGCUGGAGGCAGCAGAACUCAUCUGGGCGUCGCUUGUUGGUUUCCAUGUGCUGCCUCUUCCCGAUAAAAAGGGUAUUGGAACAUCUCUUGGACUUCUGGCUAACAACUUGAUCUCUAUGAACGAUAAAGAUUUUGCCACAUUUCAGAAGAAGCCUCAUAUCAAUCUGGGUUUCUUGGGAGAUUUUAGUCAUCGAUUGCUCUGUGCAGCUCAGGCUGCCAAAAUGGCUGCUGUGUACAGUCAGUUUGUCUCUCUGUAUGUACUUACCCACAUGGUUACUCAAGGAACAUGUCUCCUGUCCUACAGUUUUUCCAAAGACUGUCCUGCUCCAUCUAAGCACAUGUAUCUCGCAUUGGCUAAGGAAGCCUUUGAGAAUGGUUUGCUAACGAAGAAAGAGCAUGAGGUGGUCACUAGUCAACAGGAACUACACACACUCCUCAAAGCGGCUUACUGCUUAGCCACAACCAACAAAUGGAUGUUUGGUCCGAGUGAACAGGUUAACGCGGCUAUUUGCGCUUGCCAGGAAGCUAUAGUGCUUUUUUAUUCUUACUGCUUUAAAGAUGACUCCGAUAAGAAUGCACUUUCUUCUGAAGUCAUGGCAAAGCUGCAGCAGGUUAAGGUGCUUCUCAAAACGAAGCCCUUCAAAAAUUCUGACCCACGUUCGUUCAUUCCCGAUAGUUACCGUGCCUUAGAGGACCGACCAGUCCCGUUCACCAUAGACGAUUUCACAAAGGUCAUGGAAUGUUUUCAGAAGCACCACAAAUCGGUGUGUGAAGCAAUGUCUGUGCAGAAAUGUGGAGGAAACCAUCAAGAUGCGAGUCAUGCUAACUGCAUCACAGCCGUCCAAACGCAAACUGAGUCACUUGCAACAGAAUGUCAUACUACAAGCCAAAAAUCAAGUGAAUGCCAGCUGGGGAUCGAGAACAAAAACAUUUUGGCCAAGCCAGAAAUCUCAGAUCAGUUCGCAGAAACCAUGUUUGAUACAAUGGAUACUGAAGAAAAGAAACUGAGUAAAAAAGGGCAAAAAACUACAAUUUCAAGAAAGUCUGGAGGAAGCAGCAGUUUAGGAUCUUCGUGGACAAGUCUCUCUGAUAAUAGUGGGACUUCACCGGUUCUAGUCGAUCCUUUCUGUUGCACAGAAGGAGACGAUGGUGAUGGUGUUGACAAGCAGAACAGAAACAAUAGUAUUGUAGGUAAUGCUAGCAAUCAAACCAAAAAAGAUCUUCCCCGUCAUGUGAAGAGGAACAUGCAUGAGCUUUGCACCACUUUGGGAAGUGAAGACAAUGAUGGAGGUACAGGGGAUGACAUGUCUAAUGCCAGCCAUCAGGCCUGCACAGAUCUUUCCUUUCUAGCUGGCACUAGUCAGCAACAGUCAAAUCAAGAACUUUGCACCACCUUGGGAAGUGAAGAGAACCAUCAAUUUGAUGGGAAAGACAAAAAGACAAGAACUUCCUCAGGGUCAAUUAGUAGCUUGGGCUCUUCAUGGCAAAGUAUCUCAUUCUCCAAGUCAUCUCACAUCGGAGGUUUCACUAAGGUCAUGGAGGACCAGCAAGCGGUCAAUCAAAACUGUGAGGCGUUACCAACCGAGGAUGAGGAUGGCCCUGGUAGUUCCUUCGAGUGUCUAAACCUGAAUUCUUCAGCAUCAUCAAUUCAGAAAGAACAAUUUAGCCCUUCCUUCCAGACAGGAAAUGAUAGAAGCAAAGCCCAGAGUGGAAGUUUCGAUCACAAACAGUUGUUACCAUCUACUGAGCUUGACUCAUUUGAAUUUCUUCAGGUUGAUCAGUCUGAGGCAACACAAGGAAACCAAGCCAGUGUAAAGGUUUCUCCUCCUGUUGAAACUGAGGAUGACUCUUAUGAAUGUUCUCCGAUAUCUGGAAAGAUGAAGGAGAGCGCAGAUAGUGAGCAGUGUUCAUCCAACAAGAAGAGCAGCUUUUUGUCCAAUGAGAACUGUCGCAAUGGCUGUUUUCAGGGUUGCAAGAUGAGAAGUGUACUUUUGACAGAGCAGGACUACAGAUCCCUCCUGUCAGGAGUGUGCCAAGGCUGCCUACUGAGGAGGCUUCCAGAUAAACCAUUUAAACUCAGCCAUUACAACAAAGCUUAUAGUGCACUUUUGUUAAAAUACUCCAAGACUACAGACUCCUGGACGGCCUGCGAAACAAACGUGUACGUGGGUGAAGUGCUGAAAAUGGAUGUCGAAGGAAAACAGAGACAGGCCUUCAGAGUUCAGUAUCUACACCAAGAACUACUGCUGGGCAGUUAUGUAGGAAAGGAGUAUUUAAGAGAAAAGAAGAUUGACGCACACCUGGGAGACGUGGAACGACAGAUGACGGCGCAGUUUUACGUCAUGGAGUUCAACAAGCGGCUUUAUGAAAACAACAUCACGACACAGUUCUUCUACCUUCCUUCUGAGCUACUGCUGCUCCUGGAGUCUGACACCAUCUUGGCCUGUAUUUCAGUAGAGCCAUACAUGCUCGGGGAAUUCGUGAAACUCACCAACAACACGACAAAGAUCAACAACCAGCAUUCGACCACAGAAUACGGCAUCGCAUUUGGACAUUUCACUUACCAGUUCUCCGACAGCCAAGAGGUGGUGGUAGACCUUCAAGGCUGGAUGACGGCAAACGGGAAAGGAUUAAUGUAUCUUACAGAUCCUCAGAUCCACACGCUCAGGAAGCCCAAAUCUGUCAAUAACUUCCACUACAACGGAAUCAGGAAGUUCCUAGUGGAUCAGCACGGGAAGCAUUGCAACUCCAUCUGUACAAGGGCUUCCCUACACACACUCCCACUGCAGAUAGACAAAUAGACAGACAUACCCCAAGUACUAAGGGUGCAAAGGGUCCCUCAUUUGAGAAACAUUGCCAUAGUUACACUUCCUACAAAUGACAGGGAAUUAUGUACUCACUAGAAGUUGCACAAGAAGUUAUUUCUGACUUAAAUGUUCAUGUUCUGUCGUGUUGUUCAUGAUUCUAAGAGAUUUAAAUAAACGAUGUAUAUAGCUUAGUAAAUAUU